AUGCUGGGUAGCGGAGGCACCGGCCUCUUCGGAAACCUCUCAGCACCAGGAGGCAAUGCUGCUCCCAAUGCAGGAUCGAACGCUGCUCCCGGGGGCCUCUUUGGGACGACGACAUCGGCAUCUGGGGCGGGGGCGGCGCCUGGGCUAUUUGGAAACACCUCGUCUGGGUCUCUCUUCGGAGCCCCGGCAACUAGUGCCCCAGCCACUGGGGGUGCAGCUGCUUCGGGAACACAGCCGCAAGGUGGCGCUCUCUUUGGGUCAGGGACAUCGAAUUCAACACACCCUGUAGGAGGCCUUUUUGGUGGUGGCGCUUCCGGUACUGGGACAACGUCAAGUUCUGCGCCUUCCGGGACAGGCUUGUUUGGUGCUGGCUCCGCCACUACCGGGGCUUCCACAAAUUCUGGAUCUUCCGGUUCGGGUCUCUUCGGUACCGGCGCUGGUAUAACUGGGACAGACAAGGGCACCAACUCCUUAUUUGGGUCAGGGAGCAGCACCAGUGGUGGCGGGGGACUCUUCGGAAGCACCACUGCUGCAGGAGCUAACUCACAGAAUGCAUCUCAGCCAAGCCUCCUCGGAGGAAUUUCGGGAACAGCCACCGGCUCAUCUGAAACAGGGAAAGGGGGGCUGUUUGGUGCCACUGCAACAGCAGCCAAGCAACAGGAACCUGCAAAGCCCGGGGGCUUAUUUGGCGGACUAUCUGCAACGAAUAGUACGACAGAAGCACCAAAAGGGGGCCUUUUCGGAAGCAGCUCCACCGUUGCAACGACAACGAGCAAGCCGGAUACAGCUCCGGGGUCACUAUUUGGGGCUUCCACAGCAGCACCCAAAGAACCGAACCAUCUUGGUGGGGGCCUCUUUGGUGGAAAGCCUUCGUCAGUUCCCCCGUCUGGUCCAGGAACACUUGGUGGUGGCUCAGCAGGAAGCAGUGGAGGCACUGAUGUUUUAAAAGGCACGGGCCUUUUCGGGAGCCAAGGCGAUGCUCCAAAGCAGGCCAGUAGUGGCGGUCUUUUUGGCACCAGCUCCAGUGCGGCGGGAGGAGUUGGAACAGGGGCUGAUGGAAAAGGGAGUGGGCUGUUGGCGGCCACGCCAGCCUCCUCCGCAGCAGCUUCCCAGCAAUCGAAGCCAGCUGAGCAGAGCGGCACCACAAGUGGAGUUUCUCUUUUCGGCACAGGUGCAUCCGGGGCUAGCAGUAGUGGUGGUGUCCUGACGUCAAAUUCUGGGAAGACUACGGCAGAGCCGAAAGAUGGACAAAAGGGGAGUGACGCCGCUGCACCGUCUUCAUCGCCCCCGCUAGCGUCUGAGCAGAAGACAGGUCAGAGUUUGCUUGGAGGUAGCGGCAUCUUAGGAGCACCUGCCACUGCCCCAGCAGCAGGUUCCCUCUUCGGCACCAAGCCCGAAAGCACUGCUGUGACGAACAACGCUGCGGCCACAACGCAGCCCUCAACCAGCGGGCCAGUGCUCCCGCCGGAAGAGGUUGCUUUAGAGACUAUGCAGCAUGAAAGGAUGGACGAUUUGCUGACUAACUGGGAAAGGAGACUGCAAAGAAAGGUGGGGCAGUUCGACGAGCUUGCUCAGGAGGUGGCAGCUGUCGAGGCGUCUCUCAUAACGCAAUCAAAGGCCCUCGCAGGUAUCCGUGAAGAGCAACAACGCGUACACCGUAGGCAGCUUUUCGUUGGCGAGACGAUCGAUAUGAUUGAGCAGCAGCAGAAUGACCUGUCAAACCUUUUGGCAUCGAUAGAAAGCAGUUUGCUCUCCAAGCUUUCCCCAAAGGAACAGCGAGGCAUCUGCUCCACUCUUGAGCAGAGCAUGUCGCAGCGUGUCCUCGACAUUGACACGCAGAUGGACGAGCUAACGUCCGCCAUUGCCCAAACAGCUCGCAGGACUCAGCCGCAGCCAGUGGCUGCGGUCUCGCAAGUGCUGGCAGUGCACCAGGCCGCCCUUGAGUCAGCAACUCAGCAGUGUACAAAGCUGGAGCAGUCUCUCAAAAACCUACAGAGAUUUGUUGCGUAA